AAAGAAGCCUCCUGCCGAUCACAAAGAGGUGGGUUUAAUGACUCAAUGCUUCCUUUUACUGGAAAUAUAAGCUGUCAUAUCAAAUCUAACAAUUAAUUGGGAACAUCAAGACAACUGUGCAGUCCUGGAACACACUAUUAUCGGUGCUAGAGGAGUGAAGCACAAGCAUCAAUAUGGCAAGCAAGAUCUUAAUAAAUUUUGGGAAAAAAUUAACUCGCAGAAGAGUUGUGAACAGUGACAUAACUGAAACCCGUUUUGUCAGGUGCCUGACGACUAUGGACCUAAUUUCUCUAGGGGUUGGCAGUACUCUUGGGGCAGGUGUGUAUGUUUUAGCAGGUGAAGUAGCCAGGGAAAAGGCAGGUCCUUCUAUUGUCCUGUGUUUCUUGAUCUCUGCUAUUGCCUCUAUACUUGCCGGCCUCUGCUACGCUGAGUUUGGAGCCCGGGUCCCCAAGACCGGAUCAGCAUAUGUCUACAGCUAUGUCUCCGUGGGUGAAAUGUGCGCUUUUAUAACUGGAUGGAAUUUAAUCCUAUCAUAUGUACUAGGCACAGCAAGUGUUGCCCGUGCAUGGAGUUCCACAUUUGACAGUCUCGUUGAUGACAAAGUUUCAAUUUUCUUUGAAAAGUACCUGAUGAUGAAUUUACCAGGUGUGCUUUCAAGAUAUCCGGAUAUAUUUGCUGUCAUCUUAAUCUUGCUUCUCACAGGUCUUUUGGCAUUUGGAGUGAGCGAGUCGGCACUAGUGAAUAAAAUCUUUACUGCCGUAAACCUAAUGGUCCUGUGCUUUGUUAUUAUAUCUGGGUUUAUCAAAGGAGACAUCAAGAAUUGGAAAUUAACAGAGACUGACUACAAUGAAACCGUGGGCAACAGUACUACCCCUGAGGUAGGAAGGUUUGGUAAAGGAGGAUUCACUCCUUUUGGAAUGUAUGGAGUGCUCACAGGUGCUGCUACUUGUUUCUAUGCCUUUGUGGGGUUUGACUGCAUUGCAGCUACAGGAGAAGAAGCAAAUAAUCCCCAGAAGUCGAUUCCUAUUAGCAUUAUUGUUUCCUUGGUGAUCUGCCUUGUGGCAUACUUUGGAGUGUCGGCUGCUCUCACACUCAUGAUGCCUUACUACAUCUUGGACAAACAAAGCCCAUUGCCUGAGGCCUUCCAGUAUAUAGGCUGGGAACCUGCUCGGUACAUUGUGGCUAUUGGCUCUCUCUGCGCCCUCUCUACCAGUCUGCUGGGCGCCAUGUUCCCGAUGCCACGUAUCAUCUACUCAAUGGCUAUGGACGGAUUGCUCUUUCGAUUCCUGGGUAAAACGCACAAAAAAAACAGGACCCCAGUGCACGCAACCAUUGCUUCUGGUAUAAUUGCUGCUUUCAUGGCAAUGUUCUUUGACAUGGACGUUCUGAUUGACCUCAUGUCUAUUGGUACACUACUUGCCUAUUCAUUGGUGGCAAUUUGUGUUUUAAUCCUCAGGUAUCAGCCUGAUGAAUUUAUUCUAUCUGAUUCGUAUGAAAUGACUUCACUUAAAGAAAACAAAAGCAACUUGGAUACUCAAAUCAACAGUGAAGAUUAUCAGGCUGAGGAUAAAACUUCACUGAACUUAAAGUUACUGUUUUACCCCCAAAAAAACACCCCAACUAAAAGUUCUGGAUUAAUUAUUUACAUCAGUUCUGGAAUUCUUUCAAUUCUCUUUGCUUGCAUUGCCAUGGUAAUUUCCAACUUUUACCAGCAAAUCUUGAAAGGAAAUGCCUUAUGGAUAACAUUUUUUUUUACACUUUGCGUGUUGAUUGCGUUUAUUACGAUCGUGAUAUGUAAACAGCCAAUGAAUGAUGCGACUCUAACUUUUAAGGUACCAUUCGUCCCCUUCCUACCUAUCAUCAGUGUCUUUAUAAAUAUUUACUUGAUGAUGAUGUUGGAUAUGGAAACCUGGGCAAUGUUUGGAAUUUGGAUGCUUCUAGGCUUUUUGAUCUACUUUAUUUAUGGAAUGCAUCACAGCUCUGUGGGUCAAAAACACAAGAAGGCAGCUGCGGAAUUAGUAUGCCAAGAGAAAAUGGACAAAAUGCUAGAAUCCAACACUUUAAUCGGCGACGAAAAAUUUAAAGAAGUUGAAACUACGUGAAUGCAAAAAAUAUUAUUAGAAGAAAGUUCCUUGAAAUGUAAACUUCCUUCCUGGUUACAUUCAAUGAUAUGUAGUUUUUUUUUAAAUGUGGGAAUAGUUACAGCUGCUAUCCAUUCAGACUACCACUAAUUAACCAGCUUUAAUAGUAUACAUCAAGUAUACAAGGGAAUCACUUUGCAAGAGUCUCAUGUCAAGGGUUUAAGUACACUCCACAAUUUGUAUAUAGAUGAUCUAUUAAAAUAGAAUUUUAGUGUGGUUCUACAUUAGUUCUAAUAAACAGUGUAUUGUACAUAAUAGAAAACAUAUUUUGCACUGUGAAAAUCUGGUUGCAAAGAAAUGCAUUGAAAUGACAUUUUACUUUCUUGAUCUGAAUGAUACUGUUUCCUGUAAUAGGUCAUAGCAAAUGAAUUGGCAUCCAGACCAAGUUGGGAAUCUCUGGAUGGUUUUGGUCCAGAAACACAACUGAAAAUGAUACAUAAGGCUACACUCAAACUGUUGUUCUCCUGUGGCAGAGCUCGCGUUUUGCCAACACAGGUGGGACUUCAUUACCAACCAUUUUGAUGCUCCCCCAUUUUGAGACGGUGUGGGGGAAAUCUUUGGCCAGAAUAUGAAUUCAGUAAAUAUGCACAUUAUCAGUGUGUCCUGUACCCGUGCAGUAGGUCUGGCCUUUUAUUGCAUCAUUUGCUAUUUACUCAGUUCCUUAAAGUGUUGCUUCUUUCAAUCCCACGCGUCUCUGCCUCUUUACAGAGGAUUUAUUAGCUCAAGGGUUUUAUUGAGCUUCAACUGGCACAGAUAUUACAUUAGUCAAACAUUGAAAAAUAUCACAGCUUUUUCUGCUGUAAGAUGUGAAUGUCCUUGUGAUACAAAGUUGCUUUUCAAUAAAUGUUAACUGCUCAGGCCUAUAGUUACUGUAAAGCUUUCAUUACUCUGCUUUAAUGUUACAUUAAUAAGAGUGGAUGAGGAUCAUCGAAAAUGUUUGUCGAUCUGUGGUUGUAUAUUAAAUCCUCGUCUUAUAUAUAUCGGGGGGCAGGUCUGCAUUUGCGCUACAGACAUGACUGUUCACUUGUAUAUAUGUCAUGUAAAUGUUGCAGUAUUUUGUAGAUAUUAUAUUUUGCAUUACAAUCAAAAGUCAUGAUUUGGGGACAUGUCUUGGGGAAGUGAUAUAUGAGUUGAGGCUUGGGUCUCUGAAACAGAAGGCUGGAAGGUCUAGUUUAGAAUGGGACAUAUUUUUUGAAUUGCCAAAAGGGAGUGUAGUUGCUGUUGUGGAUUACCGCCUAAUUGUGAUUAAUUUAUAACUUUCAUUGAAGUAAUGACAGGGAUUUUGUUUUGUGGACAGCAAUGCCUGUUUUAUCCCUUCCCCACCAAAGCAUCAAAACAAAAAUCUAUUAUGUAUUUGUACAAAUGGCCCUUUAUGACAAAUAUUUAAUUUCAAAAUAGCAGAUGGUUCUGCAGUGAGAGGCCAUAUUUAAUUUAAUAUUGAUAAUGUGGGGUUUUAUGCUUAUUGUGAAAUAAUUAUCACUUGUCUCACUCCAACUGCCAGACAAAUGUUAUCCUGACUUGCUUUCAUUAAGGUAUGCCUUGUUAGAUAUUUUGUGUUUGUAAAACCCGUCAGGGAGAUGUAACGGUUAAGUGCUGACCAUUCCUGUUCAAUUAGCACUUGCUAGGUUUUUAUAAAUUAAAUAAGAUGGUGUUUUCAAUGGUAUAUGUAAAUAUAAAUAACGACCAAAGAAAAUAUUACUAAAACAUGAUUUUGUUUGUACGUUGUAUCUUCCACAACCUUGUUCUUCUAACAAAACUUGUUCAGUUUUGCUUUCAAAUGCAGUAUUUCACAAGAUUGCUUGUUACCUUAAGGCAAUAAAUGACACAUUGCUGAUAAUUUAAAAAAUGCUUAAUCUGAAGGCUUACUGGAACAUGUAAUAUUUAUAUACUGUUUGUAUUUGUCUUCCUGAGUUUAUAAAUCUGAAUAGACUGAUUAUGAGUCAGUUCAUUUUGUAUAUUUUUUUUUGAAGUGGAUUAACAUGUAUUAAUAAAAAAUGAAUGGAUUCUUCUAAUGUCAGGAUUUAUUUAUUAAAUUGACUUUGUAAAAAUCUGGUUAA